GGAAUGCUGAGUGCACCUGCAGACAGACAGACAGACGCACACAGACAGGGCAGACACCUGGGACCUCCCACUGGUGGAAACAUCUAGUCAUCUCCUCAGGCUUCUCUCAACGCUCAUCUGAGGCUCCUCCCACUCCACCACGACGCUCUGCCCUCUCCGCUCAGCAAGGAGUUCCUGAGUCAUCACUACACAGCAUUCUGGGAAACUCCGGACCCCUCUCCAUGGGCUACACCUCCUGCUGACAGACCAGGGCCAACCGGAGGGAGCUGGUAAAUGAGGAUUUCUCCGUGUGUGGGCAGACUUCCUGUUGAAGGGAAAUGAUUCCUCAUGAAGAGCGGCGCACUUGGCCCGUCGCUAAGGGCGACAGCAGCAGGUGUGACGUCGUGAUGCUCUCCCUCCACAACACUCAGACCACACCCAACAAUCGCUAAGGAACACCCAGCAACCAACAACCAACAACCAACCCAGACCAGCCUCUCCCUCUCACCAACCGCCCUUCAUCUAAGUCUGACUCUGUGUGCUUUCUUUGGUGUAACAGAUUUAAUACAGACACAAGGUAGAAUAAUUAAUUAAGGCAAGACUAUUGAAAGGAACUGAACCAGGAUUUUGUGUGGAGCUGACAUCAAUAUGAAGUCCAACCAGGAACGAAGUAAAGAAUGUUUGCCCCCAAAGAAGAGGGAGAUUCCUUCUAGCACAAUACCAUCAGACCGGCACUCAUCCCCCGUUAUGGCGCCCCCUAGUGAUGUUCCCCGCUCAGAGAACCUGCCGUGGCUGAUGGGUGGUAACAGCGAAGGGGCGAACCGUAGCACCUCUCAGUCGGAAUACAAGCCCCUCUCCUCCACUACAGACACUUUCCCCUCUUCUUCUUCAGUCAGGCCAGUUUCAUCACUCCCCACACUGUACACAUCUCCCCAAAGCACCGCUGGAGGGACAGUCCACUACACACAGCUGCCUCCAAACCUACAGUUCAUCGCCUCCCCAUACCCCACAUCGUACCCAGGCUAUAUCCCCUCGCAGAUAUUCCCCCCUCCUCCGCCUCCACCCCAGAGACCCCCACACACAGAGAGACCCCCUCACACCCACACAGAGACGAUUCACACCAAACCAGAGCGCUCCUCCAGCCGCACCUCCAUGCCCCCACCCUCUACAGACUCUGUUGCACCGCACCACUUACAUCACCGAACAGCUCCUUCUGCACACCACCAUGCACCCCAUUCACUGCACUCCCAGCAUGCACUGGGGCAUGGCAUGUCUCAAGUUUUGCUGCAGUAUGCAGAUGGGCCCCCACGAAAAGAUGAAGGGGGAUCUAGAACUCGAGAGCUUCAUAAUGGAGAGGUGGAACGUGGGCGACGGUUUGAGUCAAAGUCUGGGAACAAGUUGCGGGACUCAUAUGAAGCUCGUUCACGUGUUUUGUCAUCAGACUACACUACCCAUGAUCCUUCUGGGCUCAGAAUAUCUAGCAUGCUUAUGCCCAACAGCCACAGUGACCACCAUUUGCCCAGAUCUAGUCCUGAUAAGCAUUCAUCUUCACAUGUGGAGAGAGGUAGCAUUGUUUCAGGCAAACCAGUCAGGACCCCUUCAUCGUCCGGCAGCACGUCCACGUUUACGUUUCCAGCCCCUCCCCCUCCCAGUGUGGAUAGUCCAAAACCCCCCCAGACUGUGAUCCAGACCACACACAGCUCUACAGAACCACUGUCCCUGGGCCUGCCCUUCCCCCAGCAGCCCAUAAUCGGGUACAUUGCGGGGGCUCAGCACUGCCUCCCUCAACACUUGCUCAUUCCUGGUGCCCAGCCCGUCAUCAUCCCUGUGAGCGGGGCAGUCACUUCUCUGGAUGCGUCCCGGGUUGCCUCGUCCACCCAGGCUGCACCCUUCCCCACCAAAACAGACCCUCUGGGCUCACCCGCGGGCGUGUACCAGGCCUCCGCUGGGACUGUGGUCCAGGGACAGCUUCAUCUCCCCAUCAUCCCUGCUUCUCAAGGACUGGUCUCUUCUUCUGGACCUCCUGCCUCUGCCUCUAACACCUCUCUGCCCCACGCGCUGCCUCCGUAUUUCAUCAAGGGCUCCAUCAUCCAGCUGGCGGAUGGCGAGCUGAAGCGCGUUGAGGACCUGAAGACGGAGGACUUCAUCCAGAGCGCAGAGAUCAGUAGCGAACUCAAGAUUGACUCCUCCACCGUGGAGCGCAUCGAGGGCAGUCGCACCUCCCCUAACCUCGCUGUGGUGCAGUUCGCAGUGGGCGAGCAUCGAGCGCAGGUGAAUGUGGAAGUCCUGGCCGAGUACCCCUUCUUUGUCUUUGGCCAGGGCUGGUCUUCAUGUUGCCCCGAUCGGACAACUCAGCUCCUGGAAUUGCCUUGCACUAAACUAUCUGUGGGCGACGUCUGUAUCUCUCUCACCUUAAAAAACGUGAGGAACGGCUCUUUAAAGAAACCUUUGGAGCUCGCCACCCUGCCUCUCAAACCCCCAAACCACCGCUCAGGCCAGAAGGAGAACGGACUUAAUCAGAGAGGAAGCAGUGGGAAUGUGGAAAACGGAGAGAUCCCAUUUGGGGAGAGACAAGGCCAAGGCGAGGAGGGUUCUAGGAGGCAGUCCAGUAGCAGGAAGAGGAGGUGGUCUGCUCCAGAGGGUCGCACAGUGGAGCGAUCAGAGGAGGAACCCCCUGUUACUCUGCCCAAACCCAACUUCAUUCCUCACCAAGUCAAAGUCAGCAUCGAAGGAAGGUCCAACAUCGGCAAGUGAGGAGCGCAGCAAGGAGACUUUUACAGGAAAAAAUGUCCACUUCAUGUUUAGGUUUUUUAUAUUUUCUGUCUUGAAUACUGUACUAAAAUGACAUCCAGUGAGCAGUAAGACAAUUUGUUUAGAAAAUUUCUGUAUAAAAAGCAGUGGGUGGAAUUCUUUUAAGUAUUGGUUCAUUGGUGGCGUAUGGUGCACUGGGGUAACUCUCAAAACUACGUAUAACAUAAGAUAAUUUAACUAUUUUAUGUUAUAUCACUCCAAUUGGCAACACAUCUUUUCCAGUUGAAUUUUUCAAUGCAAUUCAAUGAUUUGCAUAUUGAAUUGGCAGAUGCCCUUCCUGACACUACUCUCUAUGUUUAUGUGGGCAUCAUGGUAAAACAUGCGUAUGUCUGUACAACCAUCAGUAUGCACCAGUGUGCCACACAAAAGACUGGGAAUACAAAUUUAAUUUUUCACUCUAUCCUUACCAUAGUUCUUAAAAUGAUUGUCAGUACUAUAAAUUCAGGGGUCUUUAUAGUUCUAGAUUGAACCUAGGAGUUACCUAACUGAAUACUCACAACACACUGAGAUGACACACACCGCUGUCAUCAUAACCAACGUUACUACAAUGUAUUUUUUUAAUCAGCAUGGCUGCAAGGGAUAUCAAGACAGAAACUACUUGCCUAUCACGGUCACCGCGCAGUCCACACCUUAUUGAUGUCUUUAUUCACACAGUACUGUAUGUUUUUAGAUUUUUUUUCUUUUAUUGUGCGUCAAGGGUGGAAAGUAGCAACAGCACUUUGGAAAGUCUUUGGAAAAAAAUUGAAGGCUCAUUUUUGGUGAAUGUGGGAAAUGUGUGAGCAGAAGUGCCAAGGGAUCACAAAGAAAGGGAUUCGAAAAGAUUAAAAUCCCAUUCAGGCGACUGUUAUUGACAAAGUGAUGAUGGCUUUAAGAAUGUUUGAAUAGAGGAAACUCAUAUUGGAAUGUGAUCUAAGAGUUUGGUAACUGAUAUGAGUGUAUAAUACUAUACUGCUGCCCUGAAAAUAAUAUGUUUUAGCCCAUUAGAGCUGAAGGGCGGCAUGAUGUAGUUGUGCCUGUUGGUGUCUGUCCAUACACAACGUAACCAUAGAUACACCAUCCAACAAUAACAUCAAAGACACUAGCGGACUGACAAUGCUAACAGAGGACGGUAACAGGAAGUGCUAAAAAGACGUCGUCCUCUCUGUAGUGCGCUGUCUGUGUGGCUGGGAGUAUGUACUUUGAAAAGAAUAUAAACAUUUGAUUCUAAAUGUCCAGUGUUUCUAUGUAAAAUCUUUUACUUAAGAGAAUCAUGCAAUUUGCACAUUGUCGGGAGGAUGGAGUUUAGUAGUAACUUUUAUUUUUUUUAAAUGACCCUGUCCUGAAUGGAGGCCUAGACCACUGACACGUUGGACAAAGAAAGCAGAUUUUGUGUGUGUAAUUUGUAAGGGGAAUGAUUAAGAAAAAUGGUAUGUUUUACGGUAGGGCCCAAUUUGGGACAGGAGCCAUUUGUGCUAUUGGCCAACUAAACCCUGAUUUGCUCAGAUGUAGCAGUUACCUCAUCAGAUGUGCUAGUAGGUUUGGUUUUGCACAAGACUAGGUCGGAGGUUUAUCUUGAAUGAAAGGUAAGCUUUUAUUUAGAGCCUCUUUGGAGAGCAGGAGAUGAUGUAACCUAAGGUGUUUUUCCCCCAGAAUGCAGUUGGAGUUGGAAAAGUUUUGUCUAAUACUGCCUUCAAAUGUAAGUCAUAGGAAAUAGUGGUAACUCUUUAUAACAGUGGUGAAUGAAUGGCUUCUCAAUGACCUUAGUUAGCAACAGUAAUUACAAAGAAUAUUAGAAUCAGAAUAUCAUGUUUUCUUCACAAAGCAAUGCAACUGAAAAGCCAUAUAUUUGAAAACACAAUUGCUCCCCGAUCUCGUAAAAAGAAGAGUAAAAAAACCAUGAAGUGUACAAGAAAUCAAUAUAAAUAAAGGCUCAUUGAUUGAUACUGAAAUAGUUUUGAUAGCAAUGGUCAGUGAUAUUAUAGUGAGUGACAGUAUGUUGUUCAGUGCCAAGUGCAUCUGGUAUGGUAUAUGGUUUACAACAGGUUGCUGCAUGAAGCUGGAGAUAACAAAAACAGAGCAGUGAGUGGUUGAGUUUUUUAUGUUGGAGGUUUGCUUUUAGAUAUGGGACGUUUUGCACCCAAUAGGUGUUAUAGACAGAUGAGUGAGUCUGUUUAGAGUUUCAUAAAUUUUGCUUUAUUUUUGUAAUGCAACAGGGUUUUGUGUCACCGCAUUUUUGUAUCUUUUUUUCUUGUCCCGUUGAGCAGUAAAUUAGUGUCCACUUGGUUGUCAACCUUUGUGUCUCCCCACCUCACUAACAAAACUCCAUUUAGAAACAAAACUUUCCAACCAUUUUAUCAUCAAAUUCAAAAUAGUUUAAGAACUAGCCAAAGCAAUAUUUUCGUAUGAUUCAGGCACAUUCCACUCGAGUUAUCUGCAAUAAACAUUGAACAAUAAUCUCCUUUUGUGAGCUAACCAAAAUCUCCCCACAGAAAAAUCAUGUAUGAGCUUGCAUCAUAAAUCAUUCAGGAAUUGCAGUAGUAGACGUAGUAGUAAUUGUAGUAGUGAUAGUACUAGAAGUAGUAUUUCAGGGAGUCAUAUAUAUGCAGUAACUACAAUCACACAACCCGCUGAACCUCGUGUGUCGCUAAAGUGUGCCUCUGCGUAGUAACCUCGUCAAUCAUUAAGUUUUUUUCUUCAGGUACCCGCGCGAAUAGCCAGCCUCGAGAAAGCACCUUCUGCUAAAGGCCAAGCAAUCAAUGAAACCCUCAAAAGACAACCGUUAGCUACCUGACUAUCUGUCCACCCCCACUACUCACCUACAUCCUCAAUAAGAGACUAUACAAGCAAUCAGCUGGAGGAAGAGAAGGAGCAUAGACAGUUGAAAUAGUCGGCCUACAGCAUUGUUUUAGCCAGACUCCAAUUGGACACCUCCUCCAAAAAUGUCUUAAAGUGCAUCAAAACAAAGUAAGUAUCAAAAGAAAAGUAAAGCCAAUAGCCACAGUAGUAUCUGAAAAAAUACAUGUCCACUUUGUAAAUUAUGCAAGGUGUAACUUUUGUGUUGGAGAGUCCGUCACAUGCUUUUCUCCAUGGGGAUGUUCUUGCUUUGUCUGGAAUGUACCAUGUACCGUAUUUUAUUAAACUUUUCUAUCAUCAAACAGACCAAGUUCCAGGACAGAACUCUGGUGAAGCAGGAAUGUUGUUUUUUGGUUGUAAGGUAGAGCUGUUUAAUGUCAUACUGCGGAAUAUUCCAGGCAGAGCAAUGACAUAUCCAUGGAAACAAGCAGGUGAAGAAUCCCCAGCCACAAAUUUGCACAGUUUACUUUUAUUCAGAACUAGCCACUCACUCAAAAGUAUUGUAGCCUCUGUGUCCUCUAUUUUAACUGUCUAUGGGAAUACACCUUUUAGAUUUUUAAGUUAUUUUAUUUUUAGGUAUGUCCCUACCCCUCUUUACCCAAAAUGUUCGAGACAAUGUGCAAUAUUAUCAUUUUUGUCCCCCUCCUCUUGCCGUGCCAAGUGUAUGUAGCAGACUCCAGUGUCUAAUCCCUGAAAUGGCUUGUCCGGAGUCGUCAUGUGAUGUCUGUCUACCCUCUCUUUCCCCUUUCCCCUCCCAGCCCCCUCACCUGUGUCUCUGUGUGUGUAUGCAGCAACCUAAAUGUGUAUGGUUGUGAUUCAUAGUGCGUGUUUUCUUCUAUAAUCAUCUGUGCGCUCAAAACCUUGACCCUCAAAAGGUUGGAGGUAUUGCACACAGAAAAAAAUAACCUCAUUGCUUGUGGGGACCACUUUUUAUAAAAAAGUAAAAAAAAAUAUGUAAAAAUACAAAAAAUAUAUAUCAAUAAACCAACAGAGAUGCACAUGUAAGUAGUUGUAAAAGACUUGAUAAUUUCAGCACUUUCUAAAAAUCCUAGGGCGGGCUUUGGUGUCUCUGACUGAUACCCUGCCUAGGGGUAACAUUCAUUCAAAAACAGACAGAGAAUGAAAAAGGGGGUGAUUAUGGAGAGGGAUGUUUGAGAUGUAAUGUUUUGCACAUCACCUGCCCUGUAACCGUGUGUUUCUCUGUCUGAGCUCCAUCUCACUUGGCGCGUUCUUGGGUCCAACGGGCCAAGGUGUUGUUGGGUGGUUCCUUGGUUCUUUUUUAGGAAUUUCUCAUGGAAUGCAUCCCUAUUCUUUAGUCAGGUUUGUGGGAUAUUUACUCCACUUAUAGCAGGAGAUCAGGCUGUGCCGCUAUAUAUCUGGUUCACAUUUGAAAUUUGGAGUGAAUUGGCACAGUUUGGCUUUGCAUUAUAAUAUCGGUGCACACGCAAACCUCCUUCUAUGUUUGCAUUACUUUCUGGUGCAGAAGCUUUCUAUCUGGUUUUUAGUCUCCUUGUAGCACUCAUUAUAAUGUCAGGGGACUGAAAACUAUGUCGAAUGUGUCAUUGUUGAGUUAUAGACAAGCUUCCUCACUGUAGGAAACACUGCUAAUGUUCUUGUAUAAAAUUGGCUUCUUGCACAAACUUGACAAAUAAAUGAAUGUGGCGUGUGAGCUUGUGACUUUUUGAUCCGAAAAAAGCAUGUGUGCUCUUGAUGUUUGUACUUUACUUUUUUGCAAAAAGGAUGUGUUCUUUUGGCACUUUGUUGUUUUAAAAGUGAACAGAAUUUGAUCAGGAUUCCUUUUAUUUUAUUUUUUUUUUCUUUCUUUGUUUUUCUUGUUAAAUGUCCAUAGCGCUGGAUAACCAACUCAGGCAGAAAGAAGAACUUGUAGAGGCUCACUUAACUGUUUAGUGUCACCCCAAUCAAUUUACAUGGUGGGCUGUUUGAUAUGGGUUAUAAGAUAUGUAAAUUUCUUACAUAUAAUUUGAUAUGAUUAACUAAUGACAUUAUUGACAAUAACUAUAAAUUAUUAUUAUGAUACUCUCUGUAUUAUGCUGGAGAUGGCUUGGAUCGCUCUCCAUUGAACUUUUAACUUUGGGCCUGCUAUUCUGCAAGGCGAAAAACACUUCAACGGAGGACAGCCAUUGUGACCUUUGACCCUGCCCACUGCCACAGAAUGGGCGGGGCUUAUGUUUUCGGAUGCGCUCACGUGGAUGGGUUCCUUGUUGUGAACACUCAGCUCCAAAGGCUGCGCUGCGGACUUGUUCCUCUGCUCACCCGCGACACUGGACUGGACUGAGCGACACGGGAGCAGAGACAGUGUGGCCAGCAGGGGGCGCUCACAGCAGCUCCUAGCCAAUGUGUUUGUACUAUAUUGUACUCACCAAGUCCCUGUGUCUCACCACCCCUUUGCUUUAGAGCAUUGGAGAAUCCCUGUUGGUGUAUGUAUUUGACAUCUGUACAAAUGCACCUCUUUGAAAACGAAAUGAAACCUUGACAUAUCUGGAGUAAA